AUACUUGUGAGCGAUAAAUAAAUGAGAAGAAAAAUAGAAAAGAUGAUCAAAGAAUGCGUAGAAUCACGCAACUAAAAAGAAAAGAGACACUUUUUUGAAAGAUGCAAGUGUCCGUCAACUUGACUAGCGCAGCGCUACAGAAGAAAACAAACCUUCCUUAUUUAAUUCCUUCCAAUCCCCUUUCUCAGCUCACUCUCUCUGUUCUUCCGCUCCAGCCUCUUCCCCUUCACAUUCUCUGAAUGCAUAGCCUCACCCUCAAUUCCCCAUUCACUCCCUUUCGCCCAUCUCAUGCUCAUUCCAUCUUCCCUCUAAACCCUAGACAUCUAAUUCUUCCUCCAAAAUCUUCCUUCACCUCCUCUUUCUCUUAUAACAGCCACCACUGCUCCACCCCUGUUGUGCUCCCAAACAGCGGCGCUCUUCGGGACUGGAAUUUGAGGAGUGAUAGUGUUAAAAUUAUUGAUGUUUCUACCUUAGGUAAUCUCUGUGUUGAUAUUGUUCUCAAUGUUCCCAAACUGCCCCCUCGCUCCCCCGAUGCUCGCCAAGCUUACAUGGAGCAGUUAUCCACUUCUCCACCUCACAAGCAAUACUGGGAAGCUGGUGGUAACUGUAAUAUGGCCAUAGCAGCUGCAAGACUAGGUCUUCGUUGUGCCACAAUUGGUCAUGUGGGCAAUGAAAUUUAUGGAAAGUUCCUCCUGGAUGUGCUUCGCGAUGAGGGGAUUACUAUGGUUGGGAUGAGUGAUAAUACUGAUGCUAUUGACAGUUCUAGUGCCUCUUAUGAGACUCUUUUAUGCUGGGUUCUUGUGGAUCCUCUGCAAAGACAUGGCUUUUGUAGUCGAGCUGAUUUUACUAAGGAACCUGCAUUUAGCUGGAUGAGCAAAUUAUCAGCAAAAGUAAAGAUGGCUAUUAAGCAAUCAAAGGUCCUUUUCUGCAAUGGUUAUGGCUUUGAUGAACUCUCUCCUAGUUUGAUAAUCUCUGCUGUGGAUUAUGCUGUUGAAGUUGGGACAAGCAUUUUCUUUGAUCCUGGGCCACGUGGAAAGAGUCUUUCUACUGGAACACCUGAAGAACGAGAUGCACUUCACCAUCUUUUGAAGAUGAGCGAUGUUCUUCUUUUAACAUCCGAUGAGGCUGAGUCACUGACUGGCAUAGGAGAUCCGCUAUUAGCAGGGCAGGGGUUGCUAAGGAAUGGAUUACGUACAAAAUGGGUGAUUGUGAAGAUGGGUUCUAAGGGUUCAAUUCUAGUCAGUAUUUCAAAUAUAUCUUGUGCACCUGCGUUCAAGGUGAAUGUCAUCGACACUGUUGGGUGUGGAGACAGUUUCGUAGCCGCUAUUGCAUUUGGCUUCAUACAUAAUAUGCCUUUGGUAAAUACAUUAACAAUUGCCAAUGCUGUGGGUGCUGCCACAGCCAUGGGCUGUGGUGCUGGUCGAAAUGUAGCGACCUUGGAGAAAGUAAUAGAACUUGUGAGAGGAUCAAACAUCAAUGAGGAUGAUGCAUUUUGGGCUGAACUAUUUGUAAAAAAUUUGAAUGCUCAGGAAAUUGCUUUUCUGUCUAAAAUGGUCAUAAAUGGAAGCAAGUCAAGCAACAAGGGGUUGAACCGUGUUGCGAUACAAAAGGUGGUUUCUGAGCUGUUGCCUAAGCUCGAAUCAGCAAGAUUGGAUGGAAAAUAGUCUCCUGAUAUAUGUAUGUGAUGGGAAAUAUGUCCCGUUGCCAUGAAUGUGAUUAUGAAGGAGCUAAUUGUUUUUGCGCCCCUAUUUUAGUGGCAGAUCUACUGGCAUCAAUUAAGGCAUGAUUUUUGGCUAUUUAGACAUGAGAUCAUCUUUAGUAGAAAAAGGAUGAUCGAGAUGUUUGUUGGGAAAUUGUUUGCUCCCCCAGUGAAGAGUUAGGAAGUUCCUCUUUUAUCAGCUUUCCCUCGGUCAUUAAAUCUGUUCAAUAAAAGCGUGGGAGGGUUUUGUUUCUUAUUAAAAUUAGGGUUCUUCAGGCGAGGUUUUUAUUUUUACUUUCCUAUACCCUUGUAAAGAUGUUCUAACUUCUUGCACCGUUGCAAUAUCAUACUUGUCAAGUAGGUGACUGAAAUCCCUUUGAGAUCAAUAUAGAUAUUUCUUGAGCUUUCUUAUAUAAA